UCGAAUAACCCCCCCGUCCCAUCGGAUCGACUUGUUGGAGUUUAAUAGUCUUUUAUUUGGACACUUUAUGAGUGUUUAGUUGUGAAAAUGGCCAUUAAACAACGCCUGAAAAUAGCGGAAAUUUGCUUCCCCAUUGGGAUGAAGCCGCUUCCGGGCCAACAUUUGCCAGCAGUAAACAUGGCGGAGGGCCUGCUAGAAACAGUGGACAGACUUCAGUCCCGGCUCAUGGAGAGUCCGGAGCCCCGAAAGCUGCUAAAGACUCUGAAAAGACUGGGCGAGCUUCCGAUGACCGUCGACAUCCUGGUGGAAACUGGAGUGGGGAAGACUGUGAACUCUUUUCGGAAGCAUGAAGUUGCCGCUGAGGUGGCAAAAGGCCUGGUAGCCAAGUGGAAGAAGCUCGUCCCGCAGCCUGCUAACAGAAGCAGCAGCAAUCACGCCAAAGAGGUGCCACUGUCACACUCACGAGGCUCCAGUGAUGCGGCCCAAAGGCGGCAGCGAGGGCCCUCCCCUGAGGUGGAGGAAGAGGACGAGGAAGAGCCUUCCUAUGUAGAAGAGGAUGAAGAGCGAGGCUACGACAUGAACUACUCCCCCUCACCACCGCGACACGAGCAGUACAGCCCCCAGCGGCCAGGGGGCGACCAGUACGACAGCCCCAAGCAGGAACCGGAACCGGAACCCAGCCCAUCUCCUCGUAGAGACGCAAAACACGCCAAGCUGAGCAAAAGCGACAGGAACCACCACCACAGCGAGCAGCGGCAACGCCACGCGCCGGCCGGUCGUGACGGAGGCGCCUGUGGCGAGGGCAAGAAGCGCAGCACCGACAGGGAACGGAGUCCACCACCUAAGCCAGCGAAGCGCUGCAGGAAGUCACACGAGGGCAAGAGUGAGGAGGCCAGGAAGGGCGGAGAUAAUGGGCGACUGCUGCGAGCACAGAAGGACUCUCCUGCCGCCAGGGACGCGGAGGAAGAUGCCUUUGAGACCCCCACCAUGUCCUUUGAGUCCUUCCUCACCUAUGACGCACCGACAUCUUCCUUUGUCAAGAAGAAGAAGAAGAAGACCACGACAACGUCCUCGCACAGUCGCCCUUCCCACGCUUCCGCUGCCCCUGCCCCGUCUUCAUGCCGCACAUCUCAGCCCGCCUCCUCGUCUUCAUCCUCCUCCUGCUCUUCCUCCAAAACGAGCAAGGCCAAUGGCGCCACGAGCACGAAGAAAUCUCACUCGGACUCUGCUUCGGCUGCACCGGGAAAACGCAGAAAGGUGGUGGAACCUCUCCCCUCCCUUCCUGAAAUCCCUCUGCCAGACAUCCAGCCCAAUUACAGACCUCUGCCCUCCAUUGACAUAACACCGCUGUCCCCUCAGAGACGGAAAGGUCCCGUCUACAACGACGAGGAGGACGCUGGCUUUACGGGGAAGCGAUUCAACUCCAAGAUGGUGGUCUAUUCAGGGUCCAAGACCUCGUACCUGCCCCGGAUGAUGACGCUGUACGAGCAGUGCAUACGAGUGCUGCAGAACAACAUCGACUCCAUUGCUGAGGUGGGGGGGGUGCCAUUUACCAUCCUACAACCGGUGCUGGAGCGGUGCACUCCGGAACAGCUGUAUCGCAUCGAGCAGAGCAACCAGUGGUUCACGGAGGAAUCAGACGAGCUGUGGAUGCGUCACUGUCAGCGCGACUUUAAGCGGGAGAGCCCCCAGGAAUACGAGUCGUGGCGGGAGCUCUACCUGCGGCUGCACGAUGAGCGAGAAGCGCGCCUGAGGCGGCUGACUCAAAACAUCAGCUCGGCGCACGCCAACAAGCCCAAAGGUUGGCGGCGUGCCGGCCGUUUUUCUUUCAACGUCAGUCACGUCUCAAAAGUCAGGACGUGCGGUCUUGUUUCUUUGCUGGUCAGGGCGGCAGGUCAAGAUCGCGUUUGUCAACUCGGCUGCCAAACCGCCGCGAGACGUCCGCCGCCGGCAAGAAAAGUUUGGAACCACCAACGGUUCCUCUGCAGACUCCACCGCCGCCGCCACACCCAUCAAAAUAAGGCCAGCAAGCAACGACUACUCUGUCGAAUCCAGCCGCUCCUCCUCUUCCCUCCUCAACCCGACACCCAGCUCAUCCCGCUCCUCAGCGAUUACAGCAGGAGGAGGCGGAGCAACAGGUGGAGGACACGCCUCCCGGGAAAAGCCACAGGUGAAAAAAAUCGCCCCCAUGAUGGCCAAAACUAUCAAAGCUUUCAAGAACAGAUUCUCUCGCCGAUAAGAACGAAAACAUCAGCUCCUUUUUCCAUUUAAACGUACUUUUUCCUGGCAGCGGCCCCGCAUCAUCACGUGCAUUCAGUGGAGGAAUAGCUGAGUCUUUUAAAGAAGUGUUUAUAAAAGGCCUUGUGAGUGUGGCGCUGUGGGGGCAAAGGAAACCCUUUUUUCCCAUUUAGUUUUUGUUUUCUGUGAGAUUUUGGUGAGGGAGCAACAAAAAAGAUGAAAUGUAAUGUUUUUAUCAGUUUCAUGUCCAAAUGAACCCGCUGCAGGAGUACUGGGGGGGGCUGGGUGGCUGACAGAAACAGUUACACAUUUUUGAUUUAGUCUUUUUAGCCGCAUGCACGUUGCAAACCAGCCAGCAACUUGUUUUACCUCACCAUGCGUUUUUAAAAUCUGAUGAUCAGCCGCCCCAGCGCUCUUUUCUUUACGUCUUCUUUCCUGCUGUCCAGCGUGUGUAAAUAUACUCUUCAUCUGCUUCACUGGGACAAACUGCAGUGUCACGCACUGCUCCCAACAGACGGAGAAGAGGAAUAAGCACAGUGAUGUGAGCGUCUACACCGGUGAUAUUUAUUUACUUUGUCCUGACACCCCUCCGCUCUGACCCUCAAGGAAGUAGAUGAAGACCUGUAAUUUUAUUAGAUUUUAAUAAAUGUUCUAUGGUCAUUUUUAUUAAAUUUGACUUUUUGCCCAAACUGUAUGCAUGUAGAUGUCUGUCAUGUGCAUGGCCAUAAUACAAAGUCCAAUCUUUGCCUGUUUAUCCUCAUCACCACAUUUUAAACAUAAAUACAAUAAAUAUC